GGGAGUGAGUGCGAGUACAAGGGAGAGAAGAGCAGGCCGGGCAUGAAACCCGGUGCCAUAGAGAAUAUUCAUCGCCGAUUAGACAGCUUAGAGACAUCCAUCGAGGAGUUGAAGUCACAACCUAACCAGCGACACCAUGGUGGAGACAUUCCAUCAAACGGAGGAAGUAGCAUCUUGUCGCUCCUCGCUCAAGAGCUCCAGCGGCUCAACGACAGGUCCAUCCGUGGUGUAACUGACCAACACCAAACAUCGCUUGCUUUCAAUGAUACCCCGGCCUAUGAAGUCCCAACCCUUCCUCGGAAGCGGAGGCGCACGGAUGGGGAUCUACCACCUCCUUCUCACGACGUCCAUGACGCCCACGAUGCACAUGAUCCACACGAUGCGAGCGGUAUGCCGCCACUACCACCCAAUCCAGUGAUGGAGGUUGUCAUCGAGACGUAUUUUAGUCAUGUGCAUCCCUGGAUCCCCAUGCUGCAGAAAGCCAGGUUCCAUCAGAGGCUGUCCGACACUGCGGAACGGCCUAAGCUAUUGGUUAUAUUACAGGCCAUGAUGGUGGCCGCUACGAGAUACGUGGAUGCCGACACCGUCGCCGGCGGCCUCUUGUCUAAACGGGAGCUGGAUGUCGCGAGAAACUGGGUGAUAUCCACGGCGAUAAGCUCUCUCGUCAUUGAAAGCCUUCAGGCCUUGACUAUUAUUGCAUUCAACGAUAUCGGAAACGGCAUGGAGAUGCGGGCGUGGUCAGUAAUCGGAUCAUUAACACGAACCGUCGAAUACCUACAACUCACCGUCGAAAGCGAAGAGGCAGAAAGACCACCGCUAUCCAAGCCCUUUGUGUCACUCUCCCCCCACGACGAAUGCGUGUGGAUCGAAACAGAGGAACGGCGCCGAGUAUUCUGGAACAUCUUCAACCUGGACAGAUUCUGCUCCAUCACCAUGGGCUGGAACACCAGCUUGACGUCCAACGAUGUCCAACGACGGCUGCCCUGUGACAUUAGUCUUUGGUGGCAGGAUGAACCGGUCGUCACGCCGUACUUUAACAUCUGGGACAAGUCUGCCGGUAAGAUCGGAAACCCCAUUGCCUUUCUGCCGUCACAUUACGGGACGUCUGGACAAAACACAAGCCCAGAAGACGACAAGAACACGCCCAUGGAGUCCGGCGUGUCCCCCACAGGCUCUGUGCCUUCGAUCAACAUGUCUACAGUGGGCGCCUUUGCAUAUUCCGUCGAGGCGACAGAGUCUCUCAGCCAAGUCACAACGUACUUCCUCCAGCAAAAGGUCAACAUGCGGGAUCAGCGAGAGAUCGGCAGCUGGCUCACGCGCUUCAAAGAGCUGGACCUGCGUCUCAUCCACUGGAAGAUGUUCCUCCCGCAGAAGUGGAAAGCCGACAUGGCGCGGCAAUCGAUCCGCAUGGAUCCGAACCUGACGCUCGCCCACAUCACGCACAACACUUCCAUCAUUCUCCUGCACCAGCCCAUCGCCUUCCCCCCGAUUGCGUGGUCCUUUAGCGCUCGCCUGCCCAGCUCGUCGAGCGCGGAGACUUGUCAUUGCGCUGCUGUGGAGGUCUCCUCCAUUACCAGGAACUAUCUCAAGACUGUGCCGUCCACUCUUCCAGUCGCGAAUCAGUUUGCGUUUUGCGUUUUUGUAUCCGCGCGGGUAUUGUUGAUCUACUGGCGAUACUACUCCAGUUCCGCGCUGGCGUCUGAAUUUACGUCUCUUCUAAAUAGUCUCGACGAGAUGUCGAGGCUAUGGUCUGGAUUCGACAACCCAAAGUCUCUAAAUCUAGCUGGCAAGUAUGCUCAAACGUUGCGAGAUCUGCACCAAAAAAGCAUCGACAAUGAAUUCUUUCGAAUUAACCCGUCUGGGUACACGACCGAAAUAUCGCAUGCAAGUUCAGUGCCGAGAAUAGAGUCAUCCCGGCCCGCUCGAGCGCGCGAAAAUGGAUAUCUCAAAACCAGGAUGCCAGGCCAGCACGGGGAGCUGAGGAAUAUGCUCUCCACGGCGGGCACAUCAGGUGGAAACUCGGAGAUUUCAGAGAUGGAGUCCAAUUCGACUGACGCAUUUCACCAAGGCAGCGUGCCUCAUGGGGACCUGAGCACAAUAUCCCAGAUGUUCUCGGAUCAAAACUUCAUCGACGUAGACCGGAUCAUCAGCUUCAAUGACGGUAUGUUUGAUGCUGGUUAUGGCGGGACGGGUUGGUCAUAGCCGAUGUGGGCACUCCGUCUUAGAGGUUUUAUUAAAUGGCAAUCUUAAUUUAUACUGGUGUAUUUUAUGGUGGACAUGAUGGACUAUAUCUUCCUUGAUAUCUCAUAAAAUUCUUUACUUUCUUCAUCAACUUGGCUCUAUUUUGAGCUGACGUCGGGCCUCUGGGGAAACUUGUUCACGACAUGCUCGAUUGAGUAUCCGUAUCCGGC